GCGCUCGGAGCGAGAGGGGACGGGGAGGGAAGAAUGAGGAAGAAGUCCGCCGUGCUGCGCGCCUCGUCCCAACAAAUGCGGGAUUGCUGAUAAAGCGCCGCUCCGGUCAUCCGAUCAUACAGGUCGCACUGUAUGGAAACGAGGAGUAGGCAACAACAGAAAACAACAGCAACAAAUAAAACGCUGUCAAUGCAUGGGAAUCCGGACUCCUCUCCCUUUCUUUUGUGCGUCUCGGUCGGUGGACACGCCGCCUUGGCUAGCGUAUAAGAGCUCCCCGCGUCUCCAUUACCAUUCCCCACUACUGGCUUACCUCCACUACUCCUCCUCCUCUUACUCCUUGUACUGCUACUAUUAUUAGUAGAGCUAUAGUGCUGCUUUUACUAUUGACAGUCUUCUCCGGAUUGUUGGACACUCUCUGGAUAAAAAGGUUCAAGACCUUCAUUAAUCCUCAGCCCACAGUCUGGACGUCAACAUGGGCCGCUGGGAUCACUCAUCCCUCCUGUCCCCUGGCCUGAGGCUAGCAGUCAUCGCAGUCAUUCUCCUCCUCAAGCUCCAUCCCUCACUGGCCGGCGCUCCCCCUGAGCAGAGCUUGGGUGGCUCCGUUUCUGCGGUUUCCACAAAUAAAACUGAAUGCCCCAAGGCUGAAGCAUGCUCAAAGGGGGUGAUCUUACCUGUUUGGGAGCCCCAAAACCCAUCAUUUGGUGACAAGGUUGCCCGAGCGACGGUUUAUUUUGUCGCUCUGGUCUACAUGUUCCUGGGUGUGUCAAUCAUUGCAGACCGUUUCAUGGCAUCAAUAGAGGUCAUCACGUCACAGGAAAAGGAGAUCACCAUCAAAAAACCCAACGGGGAAACCACCACCACCACCGUUCGGAUCUGGAACGAGACCGUCUCCAAUCUUACCCUCAUGGCUCUGGGCUCUUCAGCUCCUGAGAUUCUGCUGUCCGUUAUAGAAGUCAUAGGUCAUGAAUUCAGUGCUGGUGCAUUGGGCCCCUCCACCAUUGUGGGCUCUGCAGCGUUCAACAUGUUUGUCAUCAUCGGGCUUUGUGUGUAUGUUGUGCCUGAUGGCGAGACGAGAAAGGUCAAGCACCUUCGUGUCUUCUUUGUCACGGCCACCUGGAGUAUCUUUGCCUACAUUUGGCUCUACCUGAUCCUGUCUGUCAUCACACCUGGCGUUGUGCAGGUGUGGGAGGGGCUGCUCACAUUCCUCUUCUUCCCCAUUUGUGUGGUGUUCGCCUGGGUGGCCGAUCGCCGCCUGCUGUUUUACAAGUAUGUGUACAAGCGCUACCGCACUGGCAAGCAGCGUGGCAUGAUCAUCGAGACCGAGGGAGACCGUCCACUUCCGCCCAAGGUGGACAUUGAGAUGGAUGGGAAGAUGCUGAACUCUCACGGUGUUGACUUCCUGGAUGGUCCGCUGGGUUUGGAUUUAGAUGAGAAGGAUCUGGAUGAGGAGGAGACCCGCAGAGACAUGGCCAAGAUCUUGAAGGAGCUCAAACAGAAACACCCAGACAAGGAGGUGGAACAACUCAUUGAGCUUGCCAACUACCAAGUUCUGAGCCAGCAGCAGAAGAGCCGUGCUUUCUAUCGAUGCCAGGCCACCCGGCUGAUGACAGGUGCUGGCAAUAUCCUGAAGAAACAUGCAGCUGAUCAGGCACGAAAAGCAGUCAGCAUGCACGAGGUUCGCUCCGAUGCCGGUGACAAUGACCCCAUCUCGAAGAUCCUUUUCGAGCCCGGCUCUUACCAGUGCCUUGAGAACUGCGGCACAGUGGCAGUGAACGUGGUGCGACGUGGUGGUGAUAUGGGCAAAACGGUUUCUGUGGAGUACCGGACAGAAGAUGGCACAGCCAACGCUGGCUCGGACUACGAGUUCACAGAGGGUGUGCUGGUCUUCAAGCCUGGCGAGACACUGAAGGAGAUCCGGGUUGGGAUCAUUGAUGAUGACAUCUUUGAAGAGGAUGAAAACUUCCUGAUUCACCUUUCCAAUGUCAAGGUGUUGACAUCAGAAGGCGAGGAAGCAGAGGAAGGCGAGUCAGCCAAUCAUGUGGACUCGGUGGCAUGUCUCGGCUUACCCUCCACAGCGACCGUUACCAUCUUUGAUGACGACCAUGCCGGUAUCUUUACUUUUGAGGAGCCUGUAUGCCAUGUGAGCGAGAGUGUUGGCACCAUGGAGGUGAAGGUGCUGAGAACAUCGGGGGCUCGCGGCGUGGUCAUGCUGCCAUACAAGACGGUGGAGGGAACAGCACGCGGAGGAGGAGAGGACUUCGAAGACACUCACGGCAUCCUGGAAUUUCAGAAUGACGAAAUCUUGAAGACCAUAACCGUUAGGAUCUUAGACCGGGAGGAGUACAAUAAGCUGUCCUCCUUCUACCUUCUGCUUGAAACCCCCCAAUGGAGACGCGGCGGGAAGGAACAGACAGAGGAACAGCAGAAGGAAGAGGACGAGGAGGAAGAGCCGCUGGCGGGAAAAGAUGAAGAGGAACGACGCAUUGCUGAAAUGGGCCGUCCCAUGCUUGGAGACCACGUCAAGCUGGAGGUCAUCAUUGAGGAAUCAUAUGAGUUUAAGAACACAGUGGACAAGCUGAUAAAGAAGACCAACCUGGCUCUGCUGGUAGGAACCAACAGCUGGAGAGAUCAGUUCAUAGAAGCCAUCACUGUGAGCGCAGUGCAGAAUGAUCUGUGCUGCCAUGGGUACGCGUCAAAAAAGGCACAUCAAACCAGGCGAGGUGAGGAUGAUGAUGAUGAGGAGUGCGGGGAGGAGAAGCUGCCGUCGUGUUUCGACUACGUCAUGCACUUCCUCACCGUCUUCUGGAAGGUCCUGUUCGCCUUUGUCCCGCCCACGGAGUACUGGAACGGCUGGGCCUGCUUUGUCGUCUCCAUCUGUAUGAUUGGACUGCUCACAGCCGUCAUUGGGGACUUGGCCUCUCAUUUUGGCUGCACAGUCGGCCUGAAAGACUCAGUCACAGCAGUGGUAUUUGUUGCGUUGGGAACCUCUGUACCAGAUACUUUUGCCAGUAAGGUAGCUGCUAUCCAGGAUCAGUACGCAGACGCAUCCAUCGGUAACGUGACAGGUUCCAAUGCUGUCAAUGUUUUCCUGGGCAUUGGGGUGGCGUGGUCCAUUGCAGCCAUCUACCACAAUAGCAAGGGGAAGGACUUCAACGUGGAUCCAGGUACCUUGGCCUUCUCCGUCACGCUCUUCACCAUCUUUGCCUUCAUCUGCGUCGCCGUACUGAUGUACCGACGGCGGCCAGAGAUCGGUGGAGAGCUGGGUGGGCCCCGGACUUCGAAGGUCCUGACCACCAUGCUGUUCAUCAGCCUGUGGCUCCUCUACAUCCUCUUCUCCUCACUGGAGGCUUAUUGCCACAUCCAGGGUUUCUAAAAUAAUGGGAGGUGAUGAAGGGAAGGGUGAGGGAGAACAUGGAGGAAGAAGCCAAGGGGAGGUGGAUGAAUGGAUGAAUUUGGAAAUCAAGGCUGUGUCAUUGAUCUAUCACUCCCUACCUUUACGCAACAGAUUGAAUGACCAAUGAAUGGAUGGAUGUACAGAUGAAGAAAUGGAGGACGCAUUAAAGCAUCUGAAAACAAAAUGGAAGGAAGUACGAAUGCAUGGAAGGAUGACGACAAACAUGAAAAUCAAAGGAGCUAAAUAGAUAGCUCAGAAGAUGGAAAAAUGGAAGAAAAAGGUAUAAACUAAGGAAUGCAUCUUUUAUCUUGACCCAUAAACUCAAACCAAUCAAAUUGUCUUAAACCCACCCCUGUUACAAAAUUAUAAAACCAAUCCCCAGCUGUGCUCCAGCAGGUUCAACCAUACAAAAAUGAAAAAGAGUUUUAAUAAGACUAGGAGCUAAAGGUUGAAACAGACUGACACACCAUCACAUUUCCUACAAUAUGUGGCUUCAACAACAGCAGUCCCAUUAAUCCCCUCCUGCUGGUGUUGGAGAAUAGUUGGCAUUUAGCUACAGUGACAGGCACGAGUGAGAUAGAAAAAGACAGAAUAACUGUAUCAGUAUAUAGAUGCAUGGUCAGAUGAUACGGACAACACAAUCAGAAUGAACCAGAUGCAUUGCCACAACUUUUUAAUGACAACAAACUGUGUGUGUAUGCUGGUGUUUGACUGUGUGUUUCUGUGCUUGUGCGUUGUGGGAAGAUGGUUAAGUACUGUGAAAAAAAAAUGCCUCUCGUAUUGUUGUUGCUGAAUGAGGCGGAAUAUGCUUUCGUAUUUGAGGUCUUUUUGACUCUCACUCUCCCAGCCUGUAGAAAAGCUGAGCGAGACUCUUUUGUGGAAGGGCACGUUCAGUGAAAUGUUUUGAACAUCACUGAGGUUAGAAAUGUAAAUACCAAGAGUUGAACAUGCAUUACAGCUCCCCUGUUUUCCUUCUGAAUGUCUUGGUUAUGCCAUGCGCUCCUGAUCGGGCCCUUUCUCUGUUGCUUUAUACUGUAGAUGUAAAUGAUUUAAGGUCUAAUUUGAAUCAAGAAAGGGUUAGUGUGCUUUUACCUUUAAUAAGGCCAUGUCUGAGAAGACAAAAUGGCCACUGUACCGUUUAAAACUGUUAGAGAAACUGUUAUCAUUGCAUAAAUAUUUAGGUUAAUCUUACAUGUGUUUGUUUUUGUUUGGUUUUUUUUAAAUGUGGAUUUCUGUUACCUGGUUUUCCACCAACGAGAUUGCCAGAAUCAUGUGGCAGUCAUCACAUUGCAAUAGACUUGGAAAAACUUCGAUGCCGCCCUCUGUGAAACCUCAUAGGCUGUCUGCUUCUUAACUUUCUCUGUCAUUGUUUAUCUCGUUUUGAUGCCACUUUCCAUUUGGUUCACUCGACAGCUUUAGUCAUAAACCCUGUGUGUCUUAAGCACCUCCCCCUGGCUGGUCAGUGGACCAAUCAAAAUCCUCAAGGGCUUUUUAAAAAAUGACCACUAAUCCCUAACCCUGACCAUGAUUUCUAAUUCUUCAUUUAGCUUGGUCUUUAGUAGGCUAUUUAACAGUGAUUUGUAUUUCUUAAUCUUAGACACCAAUUUCUCAAUUGUUACGACAUUUCUUCAAAGUGGCUAAACUAAACUACAUGACUACUUAAUUGACUGCAGGCAUUGCUAGACCAAGUAUCCAGAAUUACCAAUAAGAAGAAGUGUCCCAAUGAUCCAAAGCACUCUGUUUUGGAGUCUUAAAGACUGUCUAUAAAUUGUGGUCAGCCUUAUUCCAAAUUAUACCAUCCAUGCACUCAUUGUGAUGCUUCUUAAAUACAGUACACUAUUCUUCAGGCAUGUGGAUCAUGAAUGCCUUAACCCAGUGCAAGCAGUGAAUACCUUACAGCAGCCCUGUAGGAACUAAACCAAGACAGCCAGGCUCUGUUUGACAAUUAUGGAGACAUUGGAGACAAUUAUUUAACCCUCAGAACUGCCAUCUGGGACCUGUAUGACCAAGUGAAUUCAACUUAGUUAGGCUCUCUUUGGGUUAAACUGGUGAUUCUGAAUAACCAAUAUGAAUAACAAAGUGGUAGAGUUCAUUUUGGUUAUUUAAGCGCACUAUCUGAUUGGGUUUUGUUUUUUUGUUUGUUUGUUUUUUUACCAUACCUUAUGCUUUCACCUUGAGGCAGUAAUGGAAGUAGAGUGCAAAGAAACCUUUGAGUUACGGGAAGAAAAGUGAUUCUACAAACAUGUUGCUCUGCCACACUACUUUUCAUCUAGAAAAUUGUGUAGCUGGCUUCCCCGAGGGCUUUAAAAAUAAUAAGUAUGCUGUUUCAGGGAACUAGCUACCAAACAGGAUCUCGAGCAACUGCUAAGCUUCUUUGAAAACCCUUGUCAGGUUCUGGACUAGCUGGUAAACAUGUUUCGAUACCUGCUUUCAGGAGCAUGAACACUACUUUCACCAAAAUGCUAGUCAAAUGAGCCACAUUGAACUGCAAAAGCAACAGACUGACCAAGUGACAGAGACUACCUGACUGGGAAUCAUCUUUCAUCAUCGGGAACAUCCAAGAAAUAUAUCCUGAAAAUAUUUCAUGUAUUUUUGCCCAAACAAAACACAAAAGUGUCCCCAAAAGCCUGUCCUGAAAUAUAUGUAAAAAUAUAAAUGUUUAAGGCUAACUUGACUGUCAAAGAGGUUUACACUUCAGACUGUUAACUAUUUUAGUCAUUCAACCUAAAACCACAGAGAUUUCAAUGUUCAAAAAACUUACUGUAUAUGUAGGCCUUCUAAACGUUGUAUGGCACUACACUGUAUGCAUCUAAAUUGGCCAGAAUUUUCCUGCUGAUUUGUGUUUUUUACUUGAUGUAUAAUAUAAUAAGUAGUAUUUUAAAUGUCAUCUGUAAAGUAAGUAGUCUGGGCUAGAUGUAACUUAUUUAAAACUUGGCAAAAAUCUUGUCAUACACAGCAUUCAACCCCUGUGAGAGAGUAGAGCUGAGUAGAGAGCUGGGUUGAAGGAGUUUGGCAAAUAUUCAGUAUCUUAAGGAUGUAUAGCAGUUGUAGGUUGUUGUAAUCUGGGAUUUAUUACUGAUUCACCAAAUGAUUGUCGUGGAAUAGAGAAUCACUGCAGAGUGACUGUAAUAUUCAGAAGGUGAUGUCCAAAAUGAAUACAUGAUGAUUUUACUUGUAUUUGCCAAACUCUGCACCAUGUGAAGCUCUCCAUUAGAGUAGCUGUUUUCUUGUGAAGGCCUUGGAGUGGCAGUUUACCCCUGUUUUGCCAAAGGGAAAUCUUUCUAGCAGAAACUUAAUAUUACAGUCCAAUCUAUAAAGGGUUUUCUAAACAAUGGCUCUUUCUUAAAACACCAAAUAUUAUUCAUGUUUCAUUAACACUCUGAAAAGAGACAAAAAAAUGCCUUGUUGUUUUAACCUAGCCAGAAUCUUUCUAUUUAAAUUUGUAUGCAUUUGUCUCUUCACUGGCAUGGAGCUAAAGGUUUAUACACUGUAAAAAGUUAUGCUAGCUUGCGCAAAAAAGAAAUAACAUUGUGGGAGCUGUUUGCAUCAGUUUUUUGAGUAACUUCAACGGGUUAUGAAUUAUCUUUGAGAUUUCUAUGUCAUGUUGGAUUUACUUAAAACGUGCCUGAUGCCUAAUUUGUCAAGAGUGACCUUGUGCAGGAAUGAAAAGCUUGAUGUAGUUGUUUGCAUUAAAUAUAGUUUGCUGCCAGAAGGUAACAUAAUUUAUAGAUGGAAAAUUAGUUCUUUUGCUGUGCCGGCUUUGUUGCACCGCCUCUGUCAGUGUAUCUACCUUGACUUAAAAGCUAGUCUAACGUGAAGCUAAUAGCAGAUUAAUGACAGCUGUUCAAAGCCCAAGGUGGGAAGCUAAACACGACUAGCAAGUUUGCCUGCUUCACCUGGCACGACUGUCUUUACCCAGUCAAGCUCUAUCUCGUCUAAAGUAACUUCUCCAGGCAAAGAAUCGCAAUAGCGCUUGAAUUUAACUUCUUGUCUUGGUUGGUUUGGACUUUUGAGACUUGAAGGGUCAAAGCUUAGCCAGGACUCCGCUGUAAAUAUAACACUAAGAGCAAGCAAGGAGUUAUGAAAUGUGCUGUAGACUACCGCAGAUUUGAAGAAGUUGGCAGGGUUUUAAAUGAAGGAAAAGCAUUGCACUGGUUCUUGUCGCUUGUGUGAAACAGCUGUUGCUGCAAAGUUGCUUCUGAUGUAAACAACAACAGAUUUAGUUUUUUUUUUUUACUCUAAUGUACACAGUCAUAAUGUUGUACCUGGUGUAGAAAAAAUACAGUUGUGUUGAAUCAGUUGUGAAACAUUAACAAUGUUGCUUCUGAUGUAAAGAUUGACGAUACGUUUUCUACGGCUCGUUCACGUCCUAACUGACUGACUGUCUGUCUGACAGACUGAGGAAUAAAUGAACGCAACACCAGACAGACAGGCAAGCAAACAAACGAAUAAAUGAACGAAAGGAAGGACAAACACCCCUGCUGGUACAAGCUGGGCGACAUCAUGCUGAGACGUUGCUACAGCAAUUUAUGUAGGACACUGCUGGAAAAGAUUAAAAAAAAGAAAAAAACAUUACCCGGAGUUAUUCUCUAUCCUUAAAGUAACAUUUAACAAUUAUGAUAUAAGAAGAUGAUGAUAAAGAGAGGAAGGAGGAGAAGGAAGACAAGGAGGAAGAAGAUGAACAUUAAAGAAAAAAAAAACAUGAAGUUACAGCCAUACCUUGAUUUCUGGGUCAGUGAGGUUGAAAUGGACUUCUCCUGCCCAGCAUGUGUAUUGUUAUAGUGUCUGUCUGUCCCUCUGUGUCUCUUCCCCUUCUUUCUCUGUCUUUCUUUCUCAGUCUCUCUGCUGCCAAAGCAACCAGAACAGGCAGCAAUCCUUUUCAUUGUCUUUUCUUCUCUUCUUCCCAAGUUUCCCUUCUUACCCUCCGUCUCCCUAUGCCAUGUUUUCCAUAUUUUGGAAUGUCAAUGUGCUACUUGUUGACACUGUGCAUGAAUGAUAACAUGUCUGUAUAUAGUAAUAGAGAAUCGUAUCCCAUUCCCCUGGUGUUGACAAAAAAAAUGGUUUGAAUGUUGUACAGAUUCAGGUUUUCUGUUCAUCUUUUAUUCCGUUCGGUUACAUUUUUUUAAACGUGUGUAGAGUUUAAAAGCAGGAUGUUUUUAAUUUAAACAAAGAGGACGACGUCGUUUGUUUUGGAUUAACUUGCACAUUACUGACUAAUUAAUUAAGGUUUUUUGUUAAAAAGGCAAUAUCUGCUGUUAUUGAAUGAGAGAUGAGAUCUUAAAGGAGUUAAUGUAUCUUAAAUAAAUGAUCUAUAUGGGAGUUGCAUGGGUUAUUUGUACAAAACAAAAGAUACUGCUUGCUACUUCUAAUACCGUGGCUGUAUUCUCUGACAGAGGGCGAGGAAUACUGUAUGUACAUCUAAAGGUUAUUUUGUCAUUAAAGAAAUAAUAAUAAUAUUGUGUAUAUACUGUACAGUGUUAUAAGUGAGGUGGACCAUAUGGCCAUCACACAAACCGUAGAGAAUUAAUUCUACAUAUUUAUUUAAAGGAAACAAAAACACUCACUACACUCAAGAAUGACAUAUAUUGCCUUUUUUGGAGAAGUUGUAGUUUGCUUAAAGCUUUUUUCUCUAUCUGCCUCACUCUUUCUUUUCACUCAUCCCUCCUUUUCUGCUGGUUUACUUUAUCCUUCUCUUUGUUCCCCCUCCCCCAUCGUCUUUUUUUGUCUAUUGAAGGGGCGUUUCAGAUGGGCCGUAGUCAAUCUUUUCACCUUUGAUUCUGACUCAGGUGGUGUCAUUUUGUCCGUCUAGUGCAUGUCUGGUUGUUUAUCGCACUGACUCAACACUAUGUUCAUUCCUGCUUGUACUCACCUGUUUUCUGUCUGUCUUCUUUCAUGUCUAUCCUUCUCUAGUUAAGAACAGUAUAUCUGCCUGUUUCCCUAUCUGCCCUGUGUCUUUCAAAGGACAAUUUGUCACCAUCUGUCUGAUUCAGAACCGUCACAUCUUUUUCCACCUCCACACUUUUUCCAUCCUUUCUUUCUUUCUGUGUCCUUCUCUCUCACAGGGUGUAGUUGGGGAUUUAAUGUUUGUUCAUUUUGAUUUGGUGUGUUUUUUUAAAUGGAAUAAUAACCACAACAGUUAUAAUAUUGGUAAUAAUAAAAUCUUUGUCUUUUGUUUCUAUAUUUUGGUUUAACAGUCUUUCUUUUCAUUUUGCCGGCUGUCCUAUGUAUGUGUGCGUGUGUUAAUUUUCUCUUCUUUUUUUUUAAAUUAAUUUCUGUUGAGCAACCAACUGAUAGGAGGAAAGUUGUCGUGUGUGUGUGUGUUGCCACUAACUGUGACUGCUCUCCAUGGUACUUCUGAUAAAACCAAUAAAAUAAAGUUUGGGAUACCCUGUUUCAGAGA